AUGAAUCAAUCAUCGAAUCCUUUAGAUAUUAAUCAGACCACCAAUCAAAUGAAUUCCACCGUUACUACUACUUCUCUUCAGCCUCGUCAUCGGAAUUUUAUACUUGGGUUGUCCGCUACUUCUUUUAUUAUUGGAGUAGCUGGUUCAUUGUUAUAUGCUCGACGGAAAACAAAAUCUUUUCAAUCAGACUUUUCAUCAAAAAAUGUUAAAUUAACCGAAUUAGAAAUACUAACUAGAUAUAAAAAAGCCGGUUUUUUUUCUAUACAAGCUUUUGCAAUUGGCACAAUUCUUUGUGUCUCAGUUGGAGGUUUAUGUGCGAUUGGAGUCGGAUCAAUUCUUGGUGUUAGUAGUCUUAAAGAAUUUCACGAAAAGAUGAAAGAAACAAUCCCAAAUUAUACACCAGGUUUACGUGAAGCCAUAAGAAAAUCUGAAAAUGACGAAUUGAAAAUUUUUCAGAAAGAAUGGGAAGAGCAUUUAUUAGACGAUGAAAAUAAAUUAAUUGAAAAAGAUUCAAAAAAUAAAAGAUGGUGGUGGAAACGAUAA